AUGGCAACCACCUCGAUGGAUUAUGAGGCCGCUGGCGGUGAUCGUUACGACGACGAUGCGCCACGAUACGAUCGUGACAACAGAAGCGCCUCACCUCGACCGACGCGUGAAGAGGCCGAUGGCGGACGUCGUCGAUCAGCGUCACCAAAUGGAAAUGCUGAAGCUAUUCCAAAAGAACCUUCGGGCUCCAAGGAUGAUGAUGACGGCGCCAUCAACCCUGGUUCUAAUCUCUUUGUAACCGGCAUUCAUCCUCGUCUGUCUGAGGCUGAAGUCUCCAAAAUGUUUGAAAAGUAUGGAGAUGUCGAGAAAUGCCAGAUCAUGCGCGAUCCACACUCUAAAGAAUCCCGUGGGUUUGGUUUUGUCAAAAUGGUUACGUCAGAGCAGGCUGAGGCAGCAAAAGAGGGCCUGCAAGGAGAGCAAAUCGAGGGUCGCACUCUCAGCAUUGAGAAGGCCCGUCGGGCUCGUCCCCGCACGCCUACACCAGGCAAAUAUUUUGGUCCACCAAAACGAGAAGAUCCUCGUCCUCGUUUCGACGACCGGCGCCGAGGUGGGUAUGGCGGCGGCGGCGGCGGCUACGGUCGUGACGAUUCCUACAGAUACCGCGGAUACGAGCGAAAUUAUGAACGUCGGCACGAUGAUCGUAGUGGCUAUGAUCGCGGUGGCUAUGACCGCGGUCAUGACCGUGGUUAUAGAGAAGAUCGCCGAUAUGAGGACCGCAAUUAUUCUCGAGACGUCGAGCGUGGAGGGUAUGAACGCCGGGAACGUGACGAUUACUAUGGUCGGGAACGAUACGGAGGGCGCGAAGACCGUGACAGAUACGGACCUCGUGGUCCAGGUGGUGGGUACGACCGUGAUCGAUAUGACCGUCAAGCCGAACGCGGCGCGCCGAGGGAGCGAGAAACAGCCGCUGGAGCCCCAGGCUACGGAGAUUCAGCUCCCCGAUCUGAGCCCCGCGAUGCAUAUGGAGCUGAUCCAUCUGCCCGAUGA